GAAAAUGUCUGAAAAAUAUUUCUUAUAUUCUGUUUAUUAGUAGAAAAAGGAAAAUUUUAAAGUAAAUAAAUUUUAAAAUAAAGACGUAACAUUUAAUUUGAAAGUUAACAAUUUGAAAUAAAUGUUAUACGCAUAGUGAAAUGAAAAAUAUUGGACUAUCAAAUUGAGAAACAAUAUAUUUUAUGUGUAAUUUAAAAAUUUGAAAAUGUCUUCAAACGUAUUCGAACCUGGAGAUAUAGUCUGGGUUAAGUUAAGUAACAGCUGGUGGCCAGGAGAAGUAUGGGAUCUAAAUGAAGUUCCAGAUGAUUUAAGUUCUCUAAAGAAAAAACCAAUUGCAGUUGUUAAAUUUUUCAAAGAAGAUUCAUAUGAGUAUGUAAAAAAUGUCAAUUCCAUCUACGAAUAUAAUUGUCCUAAAAAAAAUGACUUUAUUAAAAAAGGACUGGAGUCAAAAAGAUCUUCAAACAAUUCUUUUUCGGACAAAUUUCGUGAAGAUGUAAUAACAGCAGAAAAAUUAACCGGUGGGGAUAUAAACAUACUAGAAAAUUUAUCUAUAAACAAGCAAGCCUCUGCUACAAGGAGAUCCAACAUUGUAAAAAUGAUUUUUGGAGAUACAUCAUCACAGUCUAGCCAAAAGAAAACGCAACAAUCUCCUAAAAAUAAUCAGAAAUCUAAUUUAACCGAAAAAUCUCCAAGAAUUUUAAAUAACUUAAGAGGUCGCAGCGUUGUAACAGUAAAAAAUAUCAUUAAACCAUCUAUAUCAACGCCCAAUAUAAACAAUUCCCCUCAAAAAACGCACUUCCAAAGUUCGAACUCAAAUCCAAACACACCUUCAGCAGGGACUUAUAGAUGUCAUUUGUGUUCCUUUACAAGUAUGCGCCAAAAUGUCAUAAUUUUACAUUCUAAAACACAUUUAAAUCUAUCGGGAUCAUCCAGAUUAUUGCCAGAAAACAAUAGAUAUUCGACUCAAAACGUACCCAAAGAUAAUUCGAUAAUUGUGAUUGAUGAUGAUUCUGACAGUGAUAAUGUAAGUCGAACGCAUACCCCUCAAACUCUUGUCACAACAAUCGACACAUCAUCAGAUUCUCAAAUCAUUGAUGUUUCAUUAUCACCACAAGAAUCAUUGUCAUCAUCAUCUUCGGGGAACAAAACAAUAUCUGCUAAAAAAAUUUUACCAUUUAGAGCAAGCGCAAAUAGUGAUAAAAAGAAAAAAAUCAGGGGAAAUAAAAACACUAAUAUUUUUACUAGUAGUACACCUAUGAAAACAAACACUUCAAGUGAAAUGGUAGAAAACAUUGAUAUAGCAAAAAACAAAACCGAUCAUAUUCCGUUAAUUAAACCACCCAAAAAGCAAUUUCGGAAAGGAAUACUAAAAGACAUAUUUGAAGAUUGGAGUGACGAUGAUACUGCAUCGCAGAAUAACGUUAAAGAUGAUUCUAAUAGAGAUAUUUCGAAUAAAUCACCGGAUAACGAAGUUUCCUUAUGCAAAAAUAAAUCACAUGAAAAUUUAGGUUGUAGUAGACUAGAUGAAUCUGAUGUUGAAGUUCUGAAAAAUUUACAGCAAUCAGAGCGUAAUGAUAAAAAUAAAAGUCCUCUAACGAUCCAAAAAAUAAGAAAUAUACCUAAGAAGGACAGACAACGUAACAUUAUUCUUGAAGAUUAUAGUGAUUCCUCAUCAAAUAUUACUCCAAAUGCAAAUAUUAUUCUGGAAAAUCGUGAGACGAUUUCUUCUAAUGCCCAACACAGUGCAGAAACAAUCGAAGGUAGCUGUAACGAACCUAACUUAAAACAAAUUGAUUCUACUGGUACUACAAAUGCGCUUUCUAAAGACGCAUUGCAAAAUAAGAGCUUUUGCAUUAUGGAAAGUAGUGCAUCUGAAUUAAAUCAUCCGAAGACUGAUAACAACUUUGAUUCGAUUGAUAAAAUAAAUACAGAAAAUCGUUCUGAUAGUCCGAAAAUUAUAGUGGAAGAAAAAGUCGAUACCGAUUCCGAAAUGGAUACCGAAAAGAGAAGUAGUGUAGCUGUUGUUGAAACAACGAAUAAUGUAAUAGAGGAAACAAAUGAAAAAGACACAAUUGAAAAUCAAACAAUUAAUAACGAUUUAGUAACAGACGAAAAUUCACAAAAAGAUAAUUGCGCAUCGGAUCGGCCAGUCGAAAGUGAGCAAAUUGAAAGCCCGGAAUUCGAACCAAUUAAUGACGUUAACGAACCCGUUGAAAAAGAGACUCAAUCUGAAGAACCUUCUUCUAAAGUUAAUGAUGUAGAAAUGCUUGUGGAACACAGUAAUUCAAUAAAUAAUAAUUCAAAAGAAGCAGAUAUAUUAUUAGAAAAAAAUAUAGUUGAAAACCAGAACAAUUCAAAUUUGGAUAAAGCAGAUAAAAUUUCAAGUGAAAUUGAAUCAAAUUCAAAAGAAAAUGGAAAUAUUACUAAAACACUGAUAUCAGAUAACGCAAUGGAGUUAGAUCAAAAUGUAAAUGUUAACGAAUUCAACAAAAAUUGCAAAGUAGGUAUGUCGAAUGCAGAAGAGAUAUUUGACAAAAAUGACAAAGAAUGUCAAAUUCAGCGAGAGCAAAUUUCAUGUAUUGAAAAUGAAGAAAACGAAAUAGUUGAAAAGCAAAGCAAUGGAUCAGAAAAUGCUAAUGUAGAAGAUGUUAUUGAAGAAUUACAAAGAUCAGUCGAAAUACCAGAGGAACAAGAAGAUACAAGUGAAAAAUCUUUGGAAAUGGUGAAACCACACGGGCGUAAUAAACGUUUUGUUGCCCAUUUAAAUAAAAGUUUGAGCAACAAAAUAAGAAAGUCAUCUCGUAAAUCUGACAACAUAUAUAAGAUUUUGGGGCGAGAAAUAAGCACUCCAUCCCCUGUUGUUGUUGUUGACUCACCACUUCAUGUACAAAUGGAAGCUCCUACAAAUUCUCAGUAUGAAACAAAUACUCAAAUAGUUACUGAAAAAAUGAAUGAAAUAUCUGACGAAACCCCAGAAAUAAUACAAGAAAAUAGUGAAAUAAACGAAGAAGAUGUGAAUAAAGAAAUACGUGACAUUGAAAAUAUUGAAAUAAACGAAGAGGAUACAAAAACUCCCCGAAAAAUGAAAAAGAAGUCGAAGCAGGAUUCCACAGAGAAAAAGCGGACAGAUUCUGAUAGAUUCAUUGAAUUCUUGGAAAAUGAAAUAAAAGCUACGCCCUCAGAGUUACAAGAAACUGAAAAGUGUGAGCAGGAAAAGGUUAUGACUGAAAAUCUGCCAAUCCAAGAAAAACCUGUUGGUAGAACAUUAAGAGAACGUAAGAUCCGAAAGGAAUAUACAGAAAUUGACGAAGACAGUUUCACAGGAGAGGAAAAACUUCAAUAUCACCAAACUGACAUUGAAAGUACAAAGCUAGAAAUGAAAACUGAGAAAGCUAAAGAAUCAGACGAACCAAUAUCCCCUAUAAGUAAUAACUUAAAAUCCUCCAAACCCAAAAAAGUUGGAUCUAGGCAAAACAAAGCUACAAAAAGUCAAGUUUUGGAUACUAAACCUUCAGAUUUUUCAGAGGAUAGAGAAAUAAUUCCAAAAUUAAUAAUAAAAUCCUCAAAAGAAUCUGGUAAGGAAGCCACUUUAAAAGUAAUGACUGUUUCCUCUAAUGUAACAGAUAUUGAAAAAACAACUGAGGAAAAAAUGAAUACGGAAAAUGAAGUUAAGAAGGGAAUUGAAAAAGUGUGCCCAAAAUCUCCAAAAAAGUCACCAAAAAAAUCUUAUUCUAAACAAAAAUCUGUCGAAAGAAAAUUGUUUCGGAAAGAUUCUGUGGAACAGCAAAAAGUGGACAAAAUUCGUAAGGAUGACACUCCAGCUACAAUUUUUGAUUUCCAAGAGGAAGAUGACACCGAACUCGUACUAACAUCGCUUUCAAAACUUAAAAAGAAAUUUAUGUCCCCAGAUAAACAAAAGGAAUCUGAUUUAUUUCCGUCAAUGGAUAAAGAAAAACAGAAACAAAUAGAAAAAGAGGACGAAAAAUUAAAGGUUGAAAUCGAAAAUUUGUUGAAUGACACAAGAAUGUCGGACAUAUCGCUAGUUAAAACACCAAGCAAAACAGUUUCAACAACAGUAAAUAACAGUACUAACCUACAAAAUUCAGUAACAUCUGACGAAGUCAAAACUUUACCAAUCAAAGAAAGGGGUAAAAGAUUUUUCAAAUCUAGAAAUGUAUCUCGUAAUGAAGAACAUCAAACGGUUCCAUUGUCCUUGAAUACAAGCACUCAUACUGAUAAGGCAACCAACAAUAACAUGUCUGCAAUAACUACCGACUCACUUGCAGAUCUCCAAAAAUUAAGUGAAGUGAAAAAAUUAAACUUAAAUGAAAAACAUCAAGAAAAACAAUCGAAUGAAAUAGACGAAAUAUUGACUUCUGAUACGGUUGAAAAAUCUGUGGAGCCAAAGACAGAAGAAGUGAAUGCUGUUGGUUCAAUUAAAGGAUCUGAAAUUACAAAAGAAGACGAAUUUGAAAUGGGAAAAGAAUUAGAAGUAAAUGAGAGGGAUAACAUAUUGCUGGAAACAUCUAAAGAUUUACAUAUUUCAACUACAAAUUUGAAAGACAGCCGUAGUGAAUCAAAUAGUAAUUCCAUAUUAAAUGAAAAUGGAUACAAUGUACAAACUAAAGAGAAGGAAAGAAAAAGAGGCUCACUUGAACUGAAAACAAAUGACUUAGAAAAACUUGAAAAUGAAGGAAAUUUGGAAAAUUCUACUAACCCCGAAACGAAAUCCGUUUCUCUCAAUAGCUACGACACAAAUUUAAUCGAAUCUACAAAAGUAGCCCCAAUUUCAUUAAACCAAAAUGUGUUAUUAGACACGAACUUAGACCUGCAAAUUACCCCACAUUCUGUUGAUGAAGAAAUAUCUGUUCACAAAGAAGAAAAUAGAAGUAAUUCACAGAUUAUUUCUGACGAAAAAACUGAAAAUGAAACGUCUGGAAAUAAUAUAACUCGUAGAAGACGUUCCCACUUAAAAGUUACACCUAGAAAGAAAAAUGUGCUUGAAGAAGGUACUGAACUUGGAAAACACCAGCAGGAAUCUCAAUUCAGAGGAGAAUUUGGAGUUGAAAAAGAACCGCAAAAACCGACACAAGACAAUGAUCAAGAUAUUGUUAAGAAUACUGAAAAAGAAGAAAAUUCUCACUUAAAAAUAGAAGAAGUCUCGCCUAAAAUGUCACCAAAAAAAUCUAACGAAAACAUCGGUCCACAAAGUGAAAAUUCAACUGAAAAGGAAACAGCUCACAAUGAAAUUUUAAAAAACAUAGCUUUGGAUAAUGUUGACCCAGAAACAAUUAGGGGCAAAAAUGAGUACCCAAUAAAAGGAAAUUUGUCACAGAAGGGAAAAAAUGAGUCUGAUGUUGAUUCUGUAAAAUCUGAUACAGUAAUUUCUGAGAAAUCUUUGCUAAAUGCAUCUGAUGCAAUAAUUUCUGAGAAAUCUUUUGAAAAUGAUCAAAAAGAUAAAUCCCAUCCAGUAAAUAACACCGCUUUGGAAAAACUACAAAAUUCAAAAAAUUUAGAAGAUGAAAAAGCAAAAACUAAUUCUGAUUGCAGUGAUGCAAAAAAGGAAAUUAUUGUUCCUUCAUUUUUUAGUAUUGGAGAAGAAAGUAAAUCUGAAUUAAAUAAAGAAGAAGCUAAAAGUGAUAUGCCUAGUAAAACCGAGAAAGUGCAAACAGAAAAAUCUAUUACUGAACAAUAUGAAGCUAAUUUUGUCGAAAAAUACAUGAAAGAUGCAGGUAUGUUAAAUUUAACUCCUCUUAAAUAUGAUAUGCAACUUGGAACAUCUGCAGAAUUAACAAAUAUUACGCCAAGGACCCUACAACCUGAUUCUUAUCAAGAGAGUGUGAAAGAACCAGAAAAUACUGAUUCUAUUGCAAAAACAUAUAAAUCAAUAACAUUGGAAGACAUUAAACAAACUGAACUUCACAAUAUCGAUUUAGAAAAAAUUCAACAAACAGAAAUUGUUGUCAACAAAACAUAUGAAAUUCCGUUAAUAGAACAAGCAAAAGCUAUAGUUGCAAAAGUUAAUGCAACUGAAUCUUUGUCUGACAUCAGAUCUUUCCGCCCAAAGCGAAAAUAUCCUAGUCGACAAUCUUCUAUCUCAGUAAGUACUGAAAAUUUAAGCAGCGAACUGUUAACACAAUCCGAAGAUGUGCCUCUUAAUUCUUUAAAACAGUCUAUUGGGGAGGAAAAUGCUUCUGAAAUUAAAAUACCAGAUAAACUUAACGAAAAGGAAAAUGACGAACUAAUUAAAAAUUCCAACAAUUGUGGUUAUGACGAAAGUGGUAGCAGUAUUUUAGGCAGUAGUUCAUGUCCCGACUUCCACAUUUUAAAAGCUGUUGAUCGUUUGGCUGAAGCACAACAAAAUACUAAUUCGACUCAGAUACAAUGUAGAACCUCCACUUCACCGGGGAAUACUAGAAUUACUGUUGACAGCGAAAAUCCUCUAGCGACACAAAUUGCAAACAUUUUAGCAACGGGAUCUGAUACUAAAAGUAUAAAAACUAACGAAAUUUCCAACAAAUCCGUUAACAAAAUUACUACAUUAACAUCUAUCACAAAAAAGAGAAAACUAUCAAUUGAGGAAGACAUUCCCACCUUUAUCAUUGACAAAACAGCUUCAGUUAAUACGCCUGUUAUGUUAAAUGAAGCUUUAAAAGAAACAACUAUAAAAAAUGCACCAGAAAAGCCCCAAAAGAUAUCAGAAAGUCAGAAACCCGGAAGUGUUAAGAAAUUAUUACUUGUGCCACCAAACAGCUUACAAGAAGAAAAAGAAAAAAAUACUUCCGGAAAUGAACAACACACUAGUGCGAGAGAAAGUAGUACUACUGAGAAUUUGUUAAAAAAUCUAAAAACUAAAGAAACUAAGAAGCAAGUCAACGAAAAUUCGUCCGCUACCAUAUCAACUACAGAUGCGGCUUCUACAGAAAAUGUUUUUGAUAUAUCAACUUUGCCAAUCUUGCUAACAACAAAUGAGGAAAUGCUACAAGAUAAUAUUCAAUUCGUUAUAACCCAAGAACCUGUACUACCGCAUGAUGAUCGCCAACAAACUGUAGAACAAAUACUUACUCCAAACGCUAAAAAAAUUCGAGGCAGGCCGCGAAAAUCAGAUCCAUCUUUACCUCAGACUACAUGUACUAAUUCACCGGCAUACAAUCAAAUAUUAUCAAAUAAUGUGACGCAACAAAAGCUUCCUUCUAAAAUGGCACAACAUACAUCUUCAUUAAAUUCCACUCAACAUUCAGGUUUUAUUAAAAAAUCACAAUCGGGUAUUACGUCUGCUUUAUCUCAAAUUUCAACUGUUGAAAGUUGUAGUCAAACCUAUAAUGUUAAAGCAACUAGCAGUCGCGAAUUAGGCGUUGAUUCUUCGGGGAAUAGUAUUGUUCUAAUUCAGUAUGGCAAAAAUAAUCAAAAAUUAAUGAAAAUGCCCAAAACACCAACGGAACAAACUACAAGUUUAGACGAAAAAACGGUCUCUAACGAAAAUUCUAUUAAAACUUCAGAAAAUAUCCAUAAACAGCAGUUAGGACAAUUAUCUCAACCACAGCAACAACCACAAAUUAAAAGCUUCCCUAAUCAAAGAAGUGGUCAAAUUGUUCUUCCUAACAAAGGCACUGACAAUAUAACGCAAUCUACAAAUGUACAGCACGGAAAUCAAUUCACAAAUAAUCCUUCAAGUUCAAACGAAGUUGUUGUUACGCCUUUGUAUGAGAGUGGAACUGUUGCACAAAAACCGCCACACCAACAAUUAACGCAAAUUUCUCAACAACCUGGAGCACAAAAUAGUAAACCGAAAAAAUCGCAUCUGCAAAGGACAACCUAUGUUGGCGGUGAAAAUAGUGAGGUAAUUAUACGACAAAUCCAACAACAACAACAAGAACAGCAACAACAAAAGCAGUGCCAACAAAUGACUAACGCGUUUAAUCAACGUGGCAGAAAACGUAAGGAACUAGAAACGCCUAUAAUACCACCAAAUCAAAACUUAAAUACUCAACAACGAAAUAAACAACAGAAACUGGAGCAACCGCAGUCUCAGCAACUAAAUCAAACGAAACUAUCAGCACAUAAUCAAGUAGCAUCUUCUUCGUCCAGCAUACAUUACGACAACACAAAAACGCAAAUAUUACCACAAAUAGAUUCAAAUUCCUGUGCAAUACCUAACCAAACACAAAAUCAAUCACAAUUACAACCGCAAGCUACUUUACCACAGCAAACAUCUAUACAACAGCAGCAGCAGCAUCAACUUCAACAACAACAACUUUUGCAACAACAGCAGCAACAACAUCUUCAACAACAACAGUUACAACGACAACAACAACAACAGCAAAAACAGCUUCUUAUCGAGGAAGAGAUUGCUGCUAACAAAAUAAUGGCUGUCCCAGCAAAUCAUUUUGGAAUACCUGGAAGCGCUUAUUAUCUUUGUUCGCAAGACAAUGAAGGAAAUUAUAUGCCGAUUGAUAACCAAGAACUAUAUUUAGAUCCAGAAAGUAAUCAAUUAGUACCAUUGUCAGUUUUAAAUGCGAAGACAGUUGCCACCGCUGCACCGGAUGGUUCAGGAAUAAUCGAUGGCAGUCAACAAAUGAAUUUAAUGGAAACAGGUACUGAUUCGACAAAUAUUUGUAUUGAUCCGGCUAAACAAAAUUCAGAUAACAGCGCUAUUGCAAGUAACACUACGUCAGUAGAUAACGUCGACGUUGGCCAGCAAUUUGUACCAACUAAUAAUUUGACAGCUGCAGAAUUAUCAAAUAUAUUGAGUCCAGAUCAAUCAAUCUGCAUAAACAUUGAUGGACAACAAUUAAUAUUAGAUCAACAAAGUUUUUUGGCGCUGGUAGCCGCUGGGGGUGAAAAUACCCAACUUGAAACACAAGAUGGUCAAAUUCUACAGUUAACUGGCGAAUUUUUAGCUGCGCUUGGUAUUGGGGUUAAUAAUAAUGAAAAUGUUAUUUCGACUGAAAGUGGUGCUAGUUGUAGUGGUGGAGAUGAAAAUUCGUCAGGAGGUGGAGAGCAAAUUCUCCUACAAACAGCCAGCCAGGACAUUGCAGCUAGCACCGACAUAUUAGCAUCAGCAUUAAUUGAUGUAUUGCAAAUUGAAACAAGUCAGGUGUCCUUAGUAAACACUGGAGGUGUUGGUGUUCCCGAAGAAGGCUUAGGACCCGCUUUUCAGGCAUUAACACCACCGGUUACAGCUCAAACAAAUGAAACAAAUGCACUUUUGACGCAACCUCCAAUUAUGUCAACUUUGGAAGUACCUUCUAAUAAAAAGAAACCAUCAAAGCAAUUGGAUAAUGAAACACUUUUAUUAAAUACUAUAAGUGGAGUGUCUAGUAAUAUUAAUAAUAGUGUUAAUAAUAAUAAUGUUAAUAACGAACAAAAUAAUAAUAUAUCUGGAAGUAAUUCAGUUAAUUUAAAUAAUACUGAAAGAAUAUUAGCGACACCACAAAAUUUAGAAGAUUGUAUUGCAUUUAUUGGAGUGUCUACACAAUCAACAACAGUACCAUCAUCAUUAGAAUUACCAAUAACUGUAACUAAUCCAGCAAUAGCUCCACCAAAAACUACAGCCCCUUUAGGUGGCUUAUUUAAUACAAAAAGUUUAAUAGUCGAAUCAAGUCAAAUAUCACCACAACUGGUAAGUUCAAUAAGCUCAGAUCCAGAAUUACAGUUAGAAUUAUUUACAACAUCAUCAGCGUCUUCAUCAUCAACUAGUGGUACCAAUAAUAUUAAUAAUAACAAUAACAAUAGCAAUAGUAUCAUUUCAAAGAAUACCAAAGACGAUGGAGUCGCUGGUGAUAAUAUUGUUGCUAACAACGUUGAAAUUGAAAAAUUUAAUGACAAUUCUAAACAAGAUGUAGUAUGUGUUGAAAGUGGUCUUAGUGAUUUUACAAAUCAAUCAGCAAUUGGAAGUUUAAGUUUUGAAGAUCCAAACAGAUAAUAUCCACUGAAUUUUUUUCUUUUAAAUUAAAUUAAACUUUGUUGAAAAGUACAUAUUUUUCUUUAAUUCGGUUUUAAUUUCUUAUUGUUACAUAAAUGCCUAAAUUUUUUUAAAAUGGCGCCUAAACUAAUUAAUUUUUUCCAUUUAGCUUAUUUUCAUUAUGGAAAUGUACAAAAAUGAUACAAUUUUAUCAUAUUUAAUAUUUAUAUUUGAAUUAAAAACAAAUUUUAAAUGGUUCAUUUUCAAAUAGUAAAACGAAAAGUGCAAAAUAUUUAAAUAAUCCUUAAGAUCUCUUUUGAGUUGUAUUUUAUUAACUUAAGUUUUGAAAAAUAAGAAAGUUUUUGAUUUGAUUGCUAUUGAAUUCCAAACAAAAAAAAUGUAAAUAUUUUUAAAAAUCAUUCUCUA